UGAUGGGGACUCUUAUCUCCCACAAUGCCUUGCUGUCUCUCUCUUUUCCGGUUGUCGUGCGCUUCGUGUAGCAGACACUGAUCAGAAAUGGCCAAGUCGAAGAAUCACACCACGCACAACCAGUCUCGUAAGUGGCACAGGAACGGCAUCAAGAAGCCUCGCUCUCAGCGCUACGAGUCUCUGAAAGGGGUGGAUCAGAAGUUCCUGAGGAACAUGCGCUUUGCCAAGAAACACAACAAGAAGGGGGCGAAGACUAUCGCGAGGAAGGCGGCGGCAGCGGCGAAAUAGUUGCAGAUGUUCUCAUGAAGACUUUAUACCACACACACAAUAAAGCCAUGCUUUGAGAACGCAGCGUGUCUGUCUCUGUAUGAACACACACUCGUUUAAUGCAGCGUCUCUGUGUGUGAACACACUCUUCUCUUUCCUGUAUCUGGAUCUCAUGUUGAUAGUCUGCUGUUCUGGUAUGAUUUCGUUUUUGAUUCAAGAGAAGUCAAAUGAAUAAAAAAUGUACAUGGAUAAAUCAUUUAUAAUAAACUGCAAUAUUCUUUCACA